AUGAAAAGUCUCACAUCCAAAGAUUAUAUAGCAAAGUAUACCCAAAUCUUCUAGGAAUCGUUGCCUCUCUGUUUGCAAUAUAGAAAAGAUAAAGAAUGGCAAUCCAUUAUAGACUUAAUCUAGGAUCAUAUACAACAAUUUGAAAAGUUGCCGAAUAUUAUAAAAUAGAAGAUUGAUCAAUUCACAAGAAGUUCAUUGUUUUUUUUUUUGGCAGAAGCCCAAUAUCAUUUGAAAUAAUCUCUAAAUGCUGAAGAUUUAUUAUUAAUAGACUCGAAAGAUCAAAAAAUCAAUCAAAUAAAAGCUAAAACCUAUUAUAUGCUUUAUAAAUAAUCAAACAAGAUUGAACAUAUUGAAUAGGCAUUCAAUUUAGCAAAUGAAUAUUUUGGGCCUGAUCACAAAAUCACUUAAUUAUAUCAAUCAGAGCAUCACGAAAGGCAAAGAAAAAUUAAAUUCUAACAGUUAUAAUCAAUUCCGAAUUUCGAUAUUUUUAAAUAAGGCCUAGAAUUUCAAUAUUACAACCAUUAAAAUAAAAAAGUAACCAAUAAAACUAAAGGAAAAACAGUUCAUUUGAGUGAAAUAGAAAAAUUAACAACAUAAGAGUCAACCUUUGAACCUUCUAAGAAAAUUAGAUAAAAAUUCAAUGAAACCUCGUUUAGAGUGUCAGACAAAAAAAUCAAUUUAUUCGUUCCAUUGUAAAAUUCCAAUUUCAACACUAAAUCAAAUAUUUAAUUUCGUUUAAACACAACCAAUAGUGAAUUAAAAGGAUCUCUAAAAAUUGAUUCAUUAGUUGAUAAUUAGAUCUCAGGAACUAUGACAGAAUUAUUGUUACCACGCCCAUUGACUGGUAGACAGAAACAUUCGAAAAAGAUUCUGAAAACAUAACCUACUCCAUAAAAACAUCAUCAUCAAUAAUAAUCUAAUUCAUCUCAAUAAUAAUUAAACAGAGGUAACAUUCUUAAGAAAAGUUAAAUAAAAAUGCAUUAAGUCAAUUUAGUGAAAAGCAAUUCAAAAUAGAAAAUAGAAAUAAAAGAAUCUUUGAAUCUUAAAGUUUUUGAUUCAAAAUCUAUAUAAUGUGAAAUUAGUGAAGAUGCAUCAGAAUCAAUAAAUGAUUAAAAUAAAGGGUAAAAAGAAUUUGAAUUCAAUUUCUCACCUAGAAUUGGCCAAUCUUAUUAUAGUCUUAAUACUAGCAAUGAAAGGAGUAGACAUUAAAUCGAUUUUGAAUAUUUACGUAAUAGAAUAGAUUGUUUGUAUGAUAUUUAAUAAGAAGAUGCAUUAAGAAUGAUUAUAAAGAAUUUUAGAAACUUUGUCCAAAAACAAAAGGCUCAGAAGAAAGAGGAAUUGAUGAAAAAGAGUGUUGCUAAAUAAAACUUCUCCAAUCUCAUCUUUGAAUUAGGAGCAACAAAAAAUAUUUAGAUUGAAGAAAAGAUAGCUAAAAUAAAAUCAAUACUUCAUAUCUGUCAAGUGAUUGACUAAGGAUCACUUAAAACUUGGAUGAUAUUUUCUCCGAUCAGAUAAAUAAAUGCCAUUAAUUGGAAGAUCAGAAACAUUUCAUGGGUAGUAUUUAAAAGAUUGAAGGCAAAGAAAUCCUAAAUUCAUCCUGACAUCCUUAAACUAUAUAAAGAAUAUCCAAAAUAUCAUCAAAUCAUAGAAAUUUGGAGUAAUAGUAUAGAUGGCACCAAUGCUAUAUUUGUGUUGACUAUUUAGAUAGAAGUGUUCAGUCGACUUUAUGAUAUUCGAUUACAUCUUAAAAAUAUUCAUAACAUAGCCAAAGAUUUUGAGAACAUAUUCUCAAGUAUUGAAAUGGUUUCAUAAUUAAUUCACGUGUACUUUUCAUCUCAUGGGAUUAAUUAUAACCAAUCAUUGAGAGCAACCACUUAGUGUAUAUUAACAAAAUAAACUAUUUUGAGAUAGGAUAUGUUAAAAAAGGGAUGUCAGAGCAUCUCUAAUCAUGUCAAUUAGUUAUUUAUCAGUAACUUUCUACAUAUGAAAACAGAAAAUGGAUCCAAAUUCAGACGAGUAACAUUGUCUGAUUAAAUCCUUGAAAAUUAGGUAGCUCUAUAUCAAUAAAUAGAAGAAAGAAGAAAAAUGAUAAAGAGAGCAUUUACUCCAUCUCAAAUUGGAAAUGGUUACAUAAGUAUUAAGAAUUCUAAUGUCAGAAAUUAAAAAUUAAUGAAAUCAUUAUCCAUAGCUAUUGAAUUACAUUCUCCUGUUUUAAAAUAAAAAGGAUCUUCACCCAAAAAUUACUGGGCAGAUCUCAGGUCUCAAUCAUUUAAGAUUGCAUUUUAAGAUAAAGUUAUUGAAGAAGAAGACUUAAGCCCCUAUUCAGGUGAAUCAGUUAUAAUAUCUCCUAAAACUCCAAUGACUCCUCCAACAAGAAAGAAAAAUAAUACUUUAUCUUCAACCAUGAGUUAUAAAGUACUAAAAAAUUCAAAAUCAAAGAAAAAAUUGAUUGAUGACUAUUUCAAGAAUUAUCCAAAGUAAAGAGAUAUAUUACAGAAAAAGGAUAUACCCUUGAAUCCUUAUCAAAGUUAGUAUGAUAAUUAUUUAUUAUUAUUAGAUGGAUGGACAAUCAAUAAUUUAUCCUUUACAUUUAAUUUUGAAAACCCUAAAUUAUUUGGCCACUUUAUUAUCACCUAACAUAAAGUUGGCCAAUCUGAAAAUGGAUCAACCAGUUUAUCUCUUAGUUAAUUUUGCUAAUUAAUUAACAUUAACGAAAUAAUUAUAAAAAAUCAUCUCGGAUAUUUUAGAUCGUUACCUUAUAUAGCCAAACUUACAUUUCUUCAUUAAUUGCAUCAUCAAGAAAUUUAUAAUAAGAAUUAUUCCAAAUACUCUAAUAAAGAUCUCAAUUUUCCAGAAUAUCGAUUCACAAAGAAAUUAUAAAGAAAAUCUUUGGUUACAGAUUCUAACUAAAUUAAUAAAGAUCAUUUUUACAUCUUUUUUUAUAAACCUCCAAACUAAUCCAGAGUAUUAUUUAGAAUUAAACAAUCCACUUAUUAAAGAAAUGAUAUUUUUGAACUUUUUGUUUACAAAAUUUCAUAACCCAGAUUCAUUCGAAUAUUAACUUAAUCUAGUCUAACAAAAUUGCAGGAUCUAUUCCGUAAAAUAAUCCAUUAACAAAGUAGACCAACCAUUGGAAAUUUUCAAUAAAUAUAGAGAGUUUUAAAUUAUUAUCUUUUAAAGGAUUACAAGGCAAAUGGUAGAUGUUGGUAAAUUGGAUUUUAGAAUUCUUAAUAAUAAAUAUUCAAUUAUGAAUUAAAGUCAUGUGUAAUUACAGAUGUUUAUAAUGUUAUAUUAAAACAUCUUGUAGCAAACGAAUAAAGCUAUAUCAAGAAUUUAUUAAGAACUUAUUGUAAAGUGACUAAGUUUCAGUUGGUUUCAAAAUUGGAUAACUUCACAGGAAUUAAUCUAAUUUAUUUCACUGAAUAUGCAAUGGCUUAAAAUUUAAUCAUUUUGGAGAUAUAAAUAUAUCCUUUUGAAAAACGACUAUCAUCAUAUAAAACUUACCUUAAUCAUAAUGAUUUGAAGAAUUUUGGUAUUCAAAACCAAAAUCUGGAGGAAAAGGCAUUAAUAUUAAAAAAUAAAUUGAGUCUUUCACAUAAUAGGAAUCAACAACAAGUUCAUUUAUCAGUAAAUUCAGAAUUUAACUAUGUAAGUUAAUUGAAUGAAAAUCUGAAAUCAGAUUAUAAAGCUAAUCUAUUUGUUAAAUAGAAACAAGUAAUUAGACUGAUAUUUCAAAAAGUUAAAAAGUUUAACUCCCACUUUCUAAUUUUUUCUUUAUUUUACAAUACUUUUAACAAUGAAAUAAUCAUCUAAAUAUACAUCCCAAAAUUAUGUAAACUAUUUAGAAGUGUUUUAUCAAAACAUGAUUUCAAUAAUUUACAUCAAUCAAAAUUAGAGAAAAUAAUUCCGGGUAAUAUCUUAGAUAAUUUUGAUUAAUGUUUUAAUUCAAUUCCAUUGCGAUACAAUACAUUUGUUACUUAUUUGAAAGACAAAGAAUGCAUUAAUGUAGAUGAUCAAUUUUCAAUUAAAUCUAGACUCAGUGAAAGAUCUGGCAUUUCUUCUAUCAGUUUGUAAAAAUAUAAAGAUUAAUAUGAAAAACUGUAAUAAAAUCAACCUCAAAUAAAAUAAGAACAGACUUCAUUUAAAAUUUAAAACAAAAAUUUAAUACAAUCAGAAAGCAAAAAAAUUACUUCUAAAUGUCACUUUAGUAAAUAAAAGAAUCCUCAAAGAGUUUCUCAUGAAAUUUAAUACUUUAAAGAAAGAGUCAGUAUAAAGCCAUCAGUAACAAAAUUUGAUAAUUUCUACGAUAGUGUGAAACUAUAAAAGAUUUUGGAAGAUGCAGUUCUAUCUACUAAUCUAACUUAUAAAUACUUUUUAUGCUAUUUUUGGGAAUAAAUGAUUGAUGAAUGUAAUAUUAUCAUGACAAAUUAUAACAAAUAUAUCUUGUAAAUUGAUUCCUACAGAGGCAUAUUGAGACAAUUAGGAGUGUCAAAACGAGUGUUCAUUGAUGAUGAUUAUCAAGCAGAAAUAUUUUUCGAGCAGUAACAGGUUGAGUAUGGUUCCAUGUUUGAAAAGUAUAGUUCUGUAACAUUGAAGGAGUCACAAAGUACAUGCAUUUACUUUUCAUACAAAUAAUUAAAUGCAUUUGAGAGCAAAACAAUCAAUUUAAAAUGUUAAUUUCGCCAAUGCAUUUAUAACUAUUCAACUUUUAAUCAAGUUUCGUACAAUACUGCAUUAAAAAUUUUGAAGUAGAGUAGCGAUUAUAUAACAAAUUAAAUAAAAUAGAAGAAAAGUUUGAUAGAAUUUUAAAAGUUGGAAUUGAAAAGCAUUACAGCUCUAAGAACAAAUAAAAAGAGUAUCAAUUUAGAAACCUAUAUUAAUAAUCAUUCAAAAUAUAAAUUCAUAUAUCAAUGUAGAUUGAUGAUGAAUGUGAUAGUGACUAUUUUAUAUAAAAAUAAUAGAUUUUAUUUUUAUUUGGAGGAUUGCAAGAAGCAAGUAGAUUUCCUAAUAAAAAUGUCUAUUAAAUCAGUGUAAGAGAAUAUUCCCCAUAUAAUCUAAUUGUUAAGGUGUCAGAAGGAAUUUACGAUAGGAUAACGAUUAUUUUCAGCUUAUAAAAAUUACUUAAUUAUUAAGGCUUAUGAAAACUUAUUUAGAGUCAACAAUUGA